AUGGCCCGGAGUGCCUCGGGGAAGGGGAGGGUGAAGGAUGGACCGAAUACACCCUCUGGCCAACAACAGGCACUGCCAAGCGCAGUUCAGAGGUUGGGUGGUGCAGAGGCAGAAGACUGGGACCUUGUUGGAGAUAAGAAAAGGCAAAAAGGUGAAGAUGUCAAACCAUUUACUCCUGGGAAAGCCAAGGAAAUUGUGAUGUCUCUACAGCAACCUGCAGUCUUCUGUAACAUGGUUGGCGACUGGCCAGCCCUACACUGGAAUGCGAAAUACCUUUCUGCGGUGUUGGAUGGGAAGACAAUCCAGUUUAGGCUAGGUCUGAAGACCAUGGAUUUAGUUCCCCAGUUUGAAACCAGGUGUAGCUAUGUGGAGGCUACACUUGAAGAGUUUUUGGCUUGGAGUUGUGGACAGCCUUCUUGUCUCUCUGGACCAUUCAGUUGUUAUGAGUACUCCAAAUAUUGGGCUUAUGCUGACUACAAAUACAUUGCCAGGAUAUUUGAAGACAAGCCAGAGAUUUUCCAGGAUAUAAGGUGGUCUGACUUUGGUUUUCCUGGAAGAAGCGGGAAAGAGAGCACGCUGUGGAUUGGUUCUGAAGGAGCAAACACCCCCUGCCAUUUGGACUCCUACGGCUGCAACUUAGUGUUGCAAGUACAAGGAAGGAAAAGAUGGCACCUCUUCCCACCUGGUGACACCAGUUUCCUUUAUCCCACCAGGAUCCCUUAUGAGGAAUCCAGCAUAUUCAGCAAAGUCAAUGUUGCCAACCCUGAUCUGAAACGCUUUCCUGAGUUUAAGAACACAACAGCCCAUGUGGUUACACUCAGUCCAGGACAGGUCCUGCUCGUUCCAAGGCAAUGGUGGCACUAUGUGGAAUCCAUCGACCCCAUCACUGUCAGCAUAAACUCUUGGAUUGAACUGGAUGCAGAUCAUGAAGCCCGUGUAGAAGAAGCAAUAACUCGAAUGCUGGUGUGUGCUAUAAAAUCAGCAGAAAAUCCCAGCGAUGGAGAUCUCUGGCUCAAUCCCACAGAGGUUGAGGCAACAUCCCAUGAAAUCAAUCUUCAGUACCUGAAUAAAGCAGUGUCGGCAUAUUUCAAGUGUCAGAAGGCACGUGUGUCGGAGCUGGCACGAGUGUCAGAGCUGGUACAUCCCAGCAGCACUGGCACAGAGCAAAGGAGAGGUGUCUCGUGCAAGAGGAAGAAAAGGGAAGUUGGCUGUGAACCAGAGGGCUGCGGAUUACCAAGCCAUGAAUUUGGCUUUUCAACACUUAAAGCAGAAGAGUUGCAGGACAUACCUUUUGGGCCUCAUCUUAUUCAAGUUUUACCACAGUCUCAAGAAACAAGCUUGAUGGGUGCGGUUGCAGUCAAAAGUGACGGUGGAGAUCUUCUCCAUGAAAAUGAAGGAGGACAUUUUGGAAAAUUACACUGCACCAGGAAGCAAUUGGUAAUGAGUAAUGACUGUGAAAUGCCUGCACAUCAAAUGGAUUCAGACGGCGGUCCAAAUCCCUCACAAACAGCCCUUUCUACCAAUGAUUUGCUGGACUGUUUGGUUAAUCCACGUGUCGUCAGUUUAGUGGCUCGGCUGCUGUUGGAGAGAACAAGAGUUUAG